UUCAUCUCAGAAUGGUCUACGCACAGCAAGCGGAGUCGGGCUGACUUGACAACGCAACCGUUAGCUUCGGGGUGCAGCGGCAGCGACUGAACGGCUACAAUGCCUCUGCUUCCUGAAAUGUUCAUGUUGAAAGCACCUCUACAUCACAGCGAGCUAGAAAUUUGCCAAUCCUUGUCGACACAUCAGCAACAUGGCUAUUCAUGUGCUAGACAACUACUACCUCGCGAUCACUUUCCUCAUCACGGUUGUCUAUCAGCUCUUCUUCUUUGCGAUCGCAUUUUCUUUGAAGUUUGACAAACUUACCGACUUCGCCGGCGGCACCAACUUCGUCGUACUCUCUAUUCUCACUCUUAGCCUUAGCGAGAACAGAGGCGAUGCAUGCAACACUGCUGUCUCGGUCUUCAUGAUGGUAUGGGGAGCACGUCUGAGCGGAUUCUUGCUGUUCAGAGUCCCGAAGACAGGAAAAGACGAUCGCUUUGACGACAAGAGAGUCAAAUUCUGGUCCUUCUUGGAUCUCUGGGUAUUGCAAAUGUUCUGGGUGCGGACCUGUUCUUUGCCAGUCACGAUUCUCAAUGCGCCAAACAUCACGCAAUUCCCUCAUCCUGCCUUCGGCACUGGAAGAGACAUUGCCGGUAUCAUUCUUUACUCCAUUGGCUUUCUUAUGGAGAGUGUCGCUCACCAACAAGACGGCGCGGUCUGUGACACUGGCCUGUUUGCCUUGACGAGACAUCCAAACUGCUUUGGAGAGAUGAUCAUCCAGUUUGUCAUGUUCACGAUUGCUGUAUCGCCUGCUGCAUACAAUUACGUUUCAGGUGGUGCCUACUCUGCUCUAUACGCCUCGAUUCUAGGUCCCUUCUUCUUGACCUUGCUGCUCAUGUUUGUGUCAGGCUUGACUCUACAGGAGCGGCCAGGGGCAAAGGAAAGGUAUGAGAAGGGAAACAACUGGCCGGAAUACGCGCGGUGGUUGAACAGGACGAGUAUCCUGAUUCCGUACCCACCGCAGCUAUACGAAAAGAUGCCGGUCCUUUUGAAGAGGACCAUCUUCUUUGAGUUUCCAAUAUACGUCUUCGAUCCGGCGAAGCAUGCAGAUCAAAGCAAGGUGCAAGAUAGAGGUGCGAAGGAGGGUCGUGCCGGAAGACCGAGCGAUGAGGAAGGUUUAAGGAUCUCCUAA